GCUGUUACUGUAUCCGCAGACAGCCAAUCUUACCACAUCACAGCAGCAGAUGGAGACUACUCUUGGUUUGAUCCACCAGCAGAAGCGGCAAAUCAGAGCAAUCAUUUUAUUUUCCUUUUCGUGCAUAUGUUUUAGUGGGUGACGUGUUUUGUUUCUUCUUUUUGUUUUUUUUUUAAAGAAAAUGUGGGACGUAUAUCAUUCAUUGAGCGAGGCUUCCUCUAAAAGCUUGCGAUCUUACUAGCAGUCAAGAAGGGAAUCCCGAAGCUUUCCCCUCGUCAUCAAAGCGAUUGUUUUUAUGCAAAAGGUGGUUCCUUUGUACAAGUUUCAGUCAUGGAGGGACUUGUGUAAAGAGGAUCCCACGUAAUAAGUUUCCAUUGAAUUGCUAUUUUUUGUCUUCCUGGAGAAUUUCACGUCAUGGCCGAGAAUGUUACUUCCGUGAUGGGAAAAAGCAAAUCCCGGUCCACAACCUCCCUUCCACCCGAGCCCAUGGAAAUCAUCAGGACCAAGGCCUGCUCCCGGAGGGUCAGAAUCAACGUUGGAGGACUCAACCAUGAAGUCCUGUGGAGGACCUUGGACAGACUGCCUCGAACCAGAUUAGGGAAGCUGAGAGACUGCAACACCAACGAAUCCUUAAUGGAGACCUGCGAUGAUUACAACUUGGGCGAAAACGAGUAUUUCUUUGACCGGCACCCUGGGGCUUUUACAUCCAUUUUGAACUUUUACCGGACGGGGAAGUUACACAUGAUGGAGGAGAUGUGUGCCCUGUCUUUCGGGCAAGAACUUGAAUACUGGGGAAUCGAUGAGAUCUACCUGGAAUCGUGCUGUCAGGCCAGGUAUCACCAGAAGAAAGAGCAGAUGAACGAAGAGCUGAAAAGGGAGGCAGACUCAAUGAGAGAGAGAGAAGGGGAUGAGUUUGAAAACGCCUGUUGUCCAGAUAAGACAAAGAAGCUAUGGGAUCUUCUGGAGAAGCCUAGCUCUUCAGUAGCUGCCAAGAUUUUGGCUAUAAUAUCCAUCCUGUUCAUCAUCCUGUCCACUAUUGCACUGUCCCUCAAUACACUACCUGAACUUCAAGUAAUAGAUGAGUUUGGACAAUCCAAUGACAAUCCACAGCUAGCACACGUGGAAGCUGUGUGCAUUGCAUGGUUUACAAUGGAGUACCUCUUGCGUUUCAUGUCAUCGCCCAACAAGUGGAAGUUCUUUAAGGGACCCUUAAAUGUAAUUGACUUGUUGGCUAUUUUGCCCUAUUAUGUCACAAUUUUCCUGACUGAGUCUAACAAGAGCGUGCUCCAGUUCCAGAACGUCAGGCGCGUUGUCCAGAUAUUUCGUAUCAUGAGGAUAUUGAGGAUUCUCAAACUAGCCAGGCACUCCACAGGACUCCAGUCUCUGGGAUUCACUCUCAGGCGGAGCUACAAUGAACUAGGCCUGCUGAUUUUGUUCUUGGCAAUGGGAAUAAUGAUAUUCUCAAGCUUGGUAUUCUUUGCUGAAAAGGAUGAGGAUGCUACCAAGUUUACCAGCAUACCUGCAUCAUUCUGGUGGGCUACCAUUACCAUGACAACUGUUGGCUAUGGCGAUAUUUAUCCCAAAACACUUCUAGGAAAAAUAGUUGGUGGACUGUGUUGCAUUGCAGGGGUUUUAGUGAUAGCCUUGCCUAUACCAAUCAUUGUGAACAACUUCUCAGAGUUCUACAAAGAACAGAAGAGACAAGAAAAGGCAGUCAAGAGGAGAGAAGCCCUUGAAAGGGCAAAGAGGAAUGGAAGUAUAGUCUCCAUGAACCUGAAAGAUGCUUUUGCUCGUAGCAUGGAACUGAUGGAUAUUGUGGUGGAAAAAAAUGGAGAUAAUAAAAAGUCUCAAGACAAUCACCUCUCACCAAGCAGAUGUAAUUUGAGAAAGCGCACAUUGUCUGAGACCAGCUCCAACAAGUCCUUUGAAACAAAAUACCAGGAGGUUGUUCAGCUUGGAUCACAAGAACGCAUUAACAACCCUAAAGCCAGCCCACAACAUCUGAACGUACAGAAACUGGAGGAAAUGUACAACCAAAUGACUAAAACAAAGUCAAAUCCUAAUGAGAAUAUCCCUCGCAUUGAUCAGCCUAACGAGCCAGCAGCAAAAGAAGAGGAACUUGAAAUGAAGGAAGUCCCAAGCCCGACUGAUCCAUUGUUAAUGGAACACAGAGCAGUGGCAAUGACUGAUAUGAGGAGCAUAUCAAGCAUUGACAGCUUUGCUAGUUGUGCUACUGAUUUAACUGAAACUGAAAGGUCUCCUCUUCCUCCAGACACAACCGGUUUGUUACAGAUGAGGUUCCCUGGCAUCUCCUCUCCCCUGGAAGGGAUUCAACCUGUCCUCCAUGUUGGUGUGAAAGAGAAUCAAGGUAUUAAUGUGAAGGAUGGCAUCUACAAAUUUGCUACGACAGAUAUUGUGCCGUACAAUCAAAGCGGCAAUACACUUUCGCCAGGGCAAGGUUGCAGUGACUUUGACAGUGUUGUGGACACCAUCAGAAGCUCUUUUAAAAGCAUUAGCCCAAUAAAAAACAGAGAUCUCAAAGUGAAUUUUAUUGAAAAGCCAGGUAGCGCUCCACAGACACCACCGAGCACUGCCAGACCAUUGCCAGUCACAAUGACAGAUCUAGCCACAUCUUCUCCUCAACAUAUCAGCACCGUUCUUCAGGAAGACAAUUCACCUCAGGGAGAUAGACCUUCACUCACCUCUGAUUUAUCAGCACUUCAACAAGUUGCUUACAAGGAAUCGUCCCAAUUUGCAAAGCAAGGUCGCUUUUCUUUCAACUCCAAAGGGAGGAAGAGCUGCAUCGAUGCAAACAGCGAGGAAGAGGAUGAAGACAAGGAGGUCAAGUGGCGCAACAACAGUGAGCAAGAAGUGGGACAGAAUUGUUCCAAAGAAAACCACAAGGAAGGUAAUCAUGUUGAAGACAUGGCCAUUGUAGGGCCACCUUCUCCAAAAAAUACUGGGCAUAAUUGCACUCCAGACGGUCUUCAUGCUGUAGGUGAAGGAAAAAAUGACAAUAACCAAAGUGGACUCAAAGUCGAAAACCACAUGUUUACACCAGAAAUUCAUAUUAGGCCUGGGGAUGGAGGUUUCUCGCCCACAUGUGAAACCAGCAUGUGACUAUGGACAAGAACGAUAUGAACAGUUGGGUCGCAGAAACGGUCAAGCCAGUUAAAAAUAACAAAGGGCACAAUAAUGUGCUGAAAGAUAUUUUUGCAUGGCAUGGAGAAUCAUUUUAAUUAAGUCACUGUAUAUCUCAAGAUAUAAGAGACUGCUGUGUUUUUGCAGACAACUGGCUUGAGAACAGAGGGUAUAAAUAAAAGGCUCGAUUUAGCGCACAUGUAUUGCAGUUUGGAGGAAUUCUUAAUCCUGGUGUAAAUGUUAUCCUUUUAUUCUUUUUUGUUAGAAAAUUGAAGGAAAUGCAAAAUGAACGACAAUUCUAAAAAUGCAUGCAUUUAAAAAUAUAAUCAAAAGGUGCUUAGACGUUGCAGAAUGCAGUUCUUUGUAAAUGGUGGGGGAUUGCAAUGGCAAUGCAAAAUGAGGUAAUGGAACAGCAUUUUUUGGUGCAGGUAUUUCUUUCAUAUAGCACAUGGCAUGGAGGAAUUUACAUAUCAUUAUUUUCUUUUGAAAAGCUUAUGAGUCCCAUCAUUUGAGAUAAAAGUUUUCAUUUAAGAUAUACUUCUGUAUUAUAAGAAAUCAGGCCAGAUUCACUAAUCAUUUACUCAAGUGCAAAGUUUUCCCUUUCAUCCAAAAAAGGAAGAAACAACUUUGGUUUGUGUUGGAUCAAAGUCUUAAAUUAAAAUGUUUUUCUUUUUUAGAGAAACAAGGAGUGACCUAUGCACAGGAAAACUUUAAGCGAAUGUAACUCAUUAUGUUUGGUUUGAAUUACAGCAAUGCAGUUUCUGCAUAGAUGUUUAAACAUAACUAGAUUUAAUGACCAGGAAUAGAUAAUAUGACCAGAUAUUAUGUGUUACGGUUCUGUAUACAAUAUUCUGCACUAAUAGUUGCCAAAUACUAAUUUUGAUAGGGAAAUUGAAGGUAUCACCAGUCACUAUUCACUAACAUUUGAGCAACAUACACAAAGGAUCGGGCAGCAGUGUGUAGUAGUGGUUAGGGCUCUGGACUCUUGACCGGAGGGUCGUGGGUUCAAUCCCAGGUGGGGGACACUGCUGCUGUACCCAUGAGCAAGGUUCUUUAUCUAGAUUGCUCCAGUAAAAACCCAACUGUAUAAAUGGGUAAUUGUAUGUAAAAAUAAUGUGAUAUCUUGUAACAAUUGUAAGACGCCCUGGAUAAGGGCGUCUGCUAAGAAAUAAAUAAUAAUAAUAAAGGAUUGGGCUGGUAGGGGAAUAAAGCAGCCUAAUGUAACCUCUAACCAGUACUGUAACUAAUUAAAUGGACAUGCUUCACAAUUUUACAUGUGGGGGCACAAUGCACAUUCCAUUUUCUGUUGUUCAGUACAUUAUAUGAAAAUGUAAUUUUUAAUAUAGUAUAUGGAAAUCUCAUAACAGUGUAUGGAAGACUUUACCCACACUUACAUGAAUAUUGGUAGCAAGUUCAACACACAGGCUUAUAGUGGAAAAAUAAGUUCUAAUUGUGGCAACAUUUCUUUAUAUUAGUUACAUUUGUCUCGUCAUUAACUCUUACCAGGUUGGUUAUAUGAUAUAUUCUGAUGUGUAACCUGUCAGGGAAAAAAACAGCUUUUUCCACAAUUUCACAUACUUUUUUGUUACAGUUUCAGCGAAUUGGAAAUGUAGAAACGAUUUACCUUACAGACCCUUUCAUGUUUUACACUGACAUAACUCUUUGCAUCUUUUUACCAGACCCUUUUAUGAGUUGUGUUCUGUGUAUGUUGUAUGAUCCAUUCUUUUCCAAACUAGAUGAGUUUUUAAAUCAAACCUUUAAUAAAUUACUUGUUUUCCAUAAGGUCUGGGAAAGUAGAUUAUAGCAUUGUUCUGUGAACUAAGUCAAACUUUGUAUUUACAAAGUGUCAGUCUGUAGUUUAAUUCUCUGAAUGAUAUCAGCUUUUGCCUUUAAUUUAGAAUUUGCUGGAAAAAAAUAUACAUAUGUACAGAUAUUUGCAUUGGCCGCCUGUUGAUACAAAUGUGUAAUACAAUUUGUUAGAGCCACAUUAAUCUAAAUAUUAAUUUAUAUUAAGUUGAUAUUCAGAACCCUAAAUCAUAUGUUGUAUUUCCUCCCAUUCAUGCUAAAAGUAUGAGUCCAUUGAAAUCUAUGCAGGGAAAAAAUUUAUGCUUUUGUAUUAUGGAAAACUGCACAAGCAGUUUUAAUUUCAAUUUUCAAAAGGUUUAAAUCAGAAAGAAAUAUACAGGAAAAUAUUUUUUUCUGUGUUUCAGGGAAGUUGAAACAAUGUUUAUUCAAUAUCAAAGUGACCUAGCUGCAAAUAGUCACAAAGUAUAGGCAUAAAAGUAUUCUAACAACAACUCAUUCUAGCCACAUGGGGCUACUUCACUAUUCAUCAUGUACAAUGGCCACACGCAAAGUUAUAAAUAAAUGAUACACAUAUUAUUAUUUUGGGUAAAAAAAGAAUAUAAUUUUCUAAAAAAUAAAUAAAGAUAUAAACAUGGCCACAAUUUCCUGCCAAAUGGUGGUUGAAAUUAUGUGUGCCUUUUCAUAAAUAGUUAUUUAUGAGAAGGCUAAAAGCCUUUUUGGCUUUGUUCAUAUAGCGUUGUACAGAAAAUUCUAAUUUUUUUUAUAGGUUGACAUCAUGUCUUUAAGAAAUAGAUAGAAAAUAUGAAUGAGUUCUUGGGUUUUGUAUAUAUCACAGAAGUUCAAAUGCACAUGUUCAAUAGCAUGAUUUGGUUUUGUUUUUAAUUUACAGCAAAUUUGCGACUAGUAUUCUUUUGUUGUUGUUGUUAAAAUAACUACUUAUUGUAUAAUAUAAAGACAAUCAAGGAUCAAAUAAUAAAGUACUGUAUAUAGCCCACAAAAACUGAAUUCAGUUUACCUUGUUCCUUUUUGGACUGUUUGGGGACAAUUUGCUGUUCCAUAGUUUGUUGUUUUACAGUAUUUGGCUCAAAUGAGCCUAAUAAAAGUAUAGUCAGUGAGAACAGUAUUCUGAUUGCCAGACUGAAUGGGGAUGUCUUUUCUAAAUGAAAAAAGGCUUUUCUUUUUACAGGCCAGCUGCUACGUCUAAAAAAAAGUAGUGCAUUCAAGUACAUCGGGGUUUUUUUUUCCCACACUCUUGAAAUGCUCUUUUUCACACCAAAUCACACCAUUGCCAUUUAUUAUUAUGUAUUUACUUAUUUUAUUUAUUUUUAAUUUAGUCAUUGCCAAUGAUUUUUACCCCAGUUUUCUCCCCAAUUUGGAAUCGCCAAUUGUGUUAUUAUUAAUCCUGGUUCACCACUGUAACCGCCCCGCUGAAACAUGCGUCCUCCGAAACAUAUCCCUGCCAAGCCGUCUUUUUUCGCACUGCGGAUCCACAGCGAAUCCAUCAGGCCUAUAGUGCUGGAAGACAACACAGAUCUGAAUGGCUCCACUGCGGACCCGCAGGCACCCUAUCAGCAAAAGGGGUCGCUGGUGCACAGUGAACUGUGGAUUGCCCUGCUGACCUAAAUCCUCCCUACCCGGGCGGCGCUCUGCCAAUUGUGUGCCGCCCCUUGGGAACCCCCGGUCAUGGUCAGCAAUGAUGCGAUCACCAGGCUAUAGGGCGCAUCCUGCACUCCUCUCGGAGCGCCUUUACUGGAUGCGCCACUCUGGAGCCCCCCAUUUCCAUUUAUUAAUUAUUAAAGGGUUUGUGUGUGUGUGUGUGGUUUUCGUUGAAACCAUUUUUUGGAAGAAUUUAGGCAGAAAACUGAAGCAUUGAAUAGAUAUUUGUCUGGCCUGUUAUUUCCUAGUUCAGCUUUCUAUGGGAAUGUUUGGAUUACAGUCUAAUAGCAGAGAAACCGUCUAAAAGGAUAUUCUCUAAGGGAUCAUGAGAAAUCUCACAGGUAAACUUAAAAUAUUUUGAAGAAAAACUUUUGUUCAUUUAGCAUUGAAAGGUUUUUUCACCAUGUCAUUCAUCCAUUAGGAUAAAUUCUCAAACGUGUAACUGCUGUUUGUUCUCAUGUCUCCAUAUCUUUUGCAUAUUAUUUGUUAAUAAGAAUUCUAUCAUGUAAUUUGGUAUAAGUAGAUGUUGCUGAAUUGUAGACUGUUUCUGUACUAUUCAGCAUAUUUGUAUGCAUGUAAUAGUCUGUAAAAUUAUGAGAAUACUUGUUUAUUUUAUGUCAAAAUGUCUGUAAAGAUUAACAGCAUUGUUCCCCAUUAAGUCUAUUAGCAUACACAGGAUAACAAAUAAAUGUGUAUAUAAAUCA